UUCCAAUGGCGACUGCAAACAGGCUGAAUAGAAAGCGGGAGCAACUCGGAGGUGCACAUAUACCGUUGUAAUCUAAUUCAGUAGAACAAAUCAUUUCUCUUUAGUCUUAAAGUAAGACUUACAUUUGUUUAAUCUCUCAAUAUCACGGUCGAUUCAAUGGCCAAAAAUCGGAACAUUUCGCUCCUCGAGUCGGAGCUCUAUUACUUGAUUACUCGUUUUUUGACAACGGGUCCAUGUCGUAAAGCAGCUGAGGUCCUGGUGAGCGAACUAGAGGAAUAUCAGCUCCUGCCCGGGAGACUGGACUGGCUGGGAAACGAGCACCCGAGAACAUAUGAAGACAUGGUUGCAGCCACCAGACAUAUUGCACCAGAUCAUUUGCUACAAAUUUGUAAGCAGAUUGGACCAGUUCUUGAUAAAGAGGUGCCAUCAUGUGUCCCAGGGGUGCACUCUCUCCUUGGGUCUGGAAAGCAGUCAAUGCUUCGGACAGCAAAAGACUGUGUUGACGUAAGGUUGAGAGCUUCGUCAUUUGCAGCCCUUCACCGGGGUAGACCACCAGAGAAGCCUUUUAACCAUAAAAAACCUCCCCAUCUUGUGAAGGUCCAUCGAGGCAGAGAGCUGACAGGAGUGCAACGUUACAGCUCCAUCAACCCUGUCAGCAAUUAUGAGCACAUGCGGCUGCACAGGCGCAUCCUGGGGCAUCUCUCUGCAGUAUACUGUAUUGCAUUUGAUCGCACCGGUCUCAGGAUCUUCACAGGCUCAGAUGACUGUUUGGUGAAGAUUUGGUCUUCUUUUGAUGGAAGUCUUCAUUCGACACUGCGAGGACACUCUGCAGAGAUCACAGACUUGGCUGUUAAUAACGAAAACACACUGAUUGCAGCCGGAAGCUGUGACAAGACCAUCCGUGUAUGGUGCCUUCGUACUUGUGCUCCUGUGGCAGUGCUGCAGGGGCACAGUGGAUCUAUUACCUCCUUACAGUUCUCACCUUUUGCUAAGGGCUCAAAACGUUUUAUGCUGUCUACUGGAACUGAUGCUACAGUCUGCUUCUGGCAGUGGGAUGUCAACAACAUCAACUUUACUGAUCGGCCACACAAAUUUAUCGAGAGGCCGAGGCCAGGAGUUCAGACUGUGUGCUCCUCUUUCAGUCCAGGUGGGAUUUUCUUAGCAACAGGAAGUACUGAUGAUGUCAUAAGAAUUUAUUACUUGGGCAGUGGGAGCCCAGAAAAGAUAUCAGAGCUUCAUGAGCACACGGACAAAGUGGAUAGCAUCCAAUUCUGUCACUCAGGGGAAAGGUUUGUGAGUGGAAGUCGAGAUGGAACUGCACGUAUCUGGAAGCUCCAUCAGCGGCAGCAGUGGAGGUCCAUCUUGCUCAACAUGUCUGCCACUCUUCCAGGUGCCGAACAUACGAGUGAUGAGGAAACCUACUUCAAACCCAAAGUCACCAUGGUAGCGUGGGAUCGCCAUGAUAAUACAGUCAUCACAGCUGUCAACAACCAUCUUCUCAAAGUGUGGAACUCCUACACAGGACAACUGCUACAUAUCCUGAAAGGCCAUGAGGCUGAGGUAUUUGUCCUUGAGCCACAUCCUUUUGACCCCAGGAUCAUCCUGUCUGCUGGUCAUGAUGGGAACAUCUUCAUAUGGGAUCUGCUGCGAGGAGAGAACACACAGCAUUACUUUAACAUGAUUGAGGGCCAGGGUCAUGGAGCAGUUUUUGACUGCAAAUUCACCCCUGAUGGUCAGCGGUUUGCCUGCACAGACUCCCAUGGCCAUCUACUCAUCUUUGGUUUUGGCAGUUCCAAGCCGUAUGAUAAGCUUCCAGAUCAGGUCUUCUUCCACACAGACUACCGACCACUGAUCAGGGACACAAACGGCUUUGUGCUGGAUGAACAGACACAGCAGGCACCCCAUCUCAUGCCCCCACCCUUCCUAGUGGACGUGGAUGGAAACCCUCAUCCUCCAAGGUACCAGCGUCUUGUCCCAGGGCGGGAAAACAUUGCUGCUGAACACCUGGUUCCUCAGCUAGGAUACGUAGCCACAAGUGAUGGAGAGGUGGUGGAGCAGGUGAUCAGCCAACAGACUGCAGAGCAUGAUGAGGUCGCAUUAAGACGUAUCAGCCUCCUUGAUGAGGCUAUACGACAUCUCCAGGAGCAACAGGACCGGCAGAAUCCGCCUGUGACUGAGGCAGCACCAGGGGCUGGAGCAGGGCCAGAAGAGCAAGCUGAUGCACAGGGCCCAGCUUUGGUAGCAGCUCCAACCACACCACACAGAGUGUCUGUGAACGAACGAGCCGAUGUGCAGUCACCUCCUAAUGUGGGUCUUCGCCGCAGUGGACAGGUGGAGGGUGUUAGGCAGAUGCACCAGAAUGCCCCUCGGAGCCAAAUGGCCACAGAAAGAGACCUGCAGGCCUGGAGGCACAGGGUGGUGGUGCCUGAACUGGCAACCAGCAACUACAGGGAGCAGGAGGACAGACGAAUAGCCAAAGGAGAAGAGGAGGUUGCUCUGUACAGUGCAAAGAAAAGACGCAUUAUGUACAGCUGUCGAGAUGAUUCAGAUGAUGAACUUCCGAACACAAAGAAAGCACACAGCCGAGGUGACAUGCUGGACUACAUUGACUUGUCAUGUGAAGAGGGAGAGGAGACCGCAAGCUCAGAGGACAAUGAAUUGGAAGGCAGUGAUUUGGAUUCCUCCAAUGAUGAGGAAGAGUGGAAUAGUGACAGCUCAAGCCACACAUCCAGUGAGUAUUCCGACUGGACAGCAGACGCUGGUAUCAACCUACAGCCAUCCACCCCUCUGUCAUCAAGGAAAAGGGGGCAGCGCAGACUCAGCAGUUCUGAAGAGGAUGAAGAUGACAAGAAUGAGGGAGAAGAGGAGAAAACACAGAGUGAUGAGGAGGAAAAACCUCUGAAGAAAAACAAAGAGAAGGCCAAGAGAGCAAAGAACAAUGCAAACAGGCGUCCAAAGGCCCGACCAUCAGUCAACAGAGAAGUGUCCAACGAAUUUAGACCCUCACCUUGGAUCACUGAUGUCAUUCCCAGGAAGUCUCCUUUUGUUCCUCAAAUGGGUGAUGAGGUGAUCUACUUUCGGCAGGGACAUGAAGCUUAUGCAGAAGCAGUGAGUCGGAAUGAACUGUACCCUAUCAAUUUAGACAAGCAGCCCUGGAAGAAAAUGGACCUGCGGGACCAAGAGUUUGUGAAGAUAACUGGGAUCAAAUAUGAAGUCUGCCCUCCAACUCUUUGCUGUCUGAAGCUGACUCUUAUUGACCACGGCACUAAGAAAAUCACGGACAAGUCGUUUACUAUCAAGUAUCACGACAUGCCUGAUGUGAUAGAUUUUCUCGUGUUGAGGCAGAGUUAUGACGAGGCGCUCCGUAGAAACUGGCAACCAAAUGACAGGUUCCGCUCAGUGAUUGAUGACGCCUGGUGGUUUGGGACUAUUGUCUGUCAGGAGCCCUACCAGCCGGAAUAUCCCGAUAGUCUCUUCCAGUGCUUCAAAGUCAGUUGGGACAAUGGAGAACAAGAGAAACUGAGUCCAUGGGAUGUGGAACCCAUUUCAGAUGAUGCCCUGCAGCCAGAUACAGAAGGAGGUUGUAUACCUGUGACAGCAGCUGAGAUGAGUGAGCUGAUGUACAAGCCUCAGCAAGGGGAAUGGGAGGAGAGGAGCAGGGACGAGGAAUGUGAGCGAAUCAUUGCUGGCAUAGAUCAGCUCAUCACUGUUGAGAUUGCAGCGCCCUUCUCUGGUCCUGUCGACUUAAUACAGUAUCCUAGUUACUGCACUCUGAUCGCCUAUCCUACCGACCUGGGAACCAUCAGACUCCGUCUUCUCAACAGAUUCUACAGACGCCUCUCAGCAUUAAUUUGGGACGCAAGGUAUAUUGCACACAAUGCCCGCACAUUCAAUGAGCCAAGCAGCAAGAUUGCCCACUCUGCAAAAAUCAUCACAAAUGUCCUCCAGAAGUUCAUCAAUAAUCAAAGCUGCACUGAUAUCAUGGAGAUAUACAAUGCUGUGGAAGACAUGGAUGAAGAUGAGGAAGAAGAAACAGAAGCGCCAGGUACAUCUUCUGGACACAGACUACGCCAGCGUUCUGUAGAGGUAGCUCCUGACAGGGAAGGCUGGAAGGAACAGUGCAAGAAACUGCUCAACUACAUAUUCGAUUGUGAGGACUCGGAACCAUUCAGACAGCCUGUUGAUCCUGUUAACUAUCCAGACUACCUUGAAAUCAUUGAUACACCAAUGGACUUGUGCACAGUGAAAAGGGCCUUGGAAGUAGAUGGCUAUGAAAACCCUGUAGAGCUGUGCAAAGACACCAGGCUUAUAUUUGCCAAUGCUAAAGCCUACACACCCAAUAAACGCUCCAAGAUUUAUAGCAUGACUCUGCGGCUCUCUGCAUUCUUUGAGGAGCAAAUAAGAACAAUCAUAUCGGAGUACAAGAGUGUCGUCAAGAGCAGUGAUAGACUUCGCCGCAGUCAGCGGUUCCGCAAGAAAAUGCCGCAGCAGGAUCAGGCCUCCACAACAACAAGUCAAAGGAGAGCUGCUUUAAAAACUCAGGUAAAAGUGGAGUUGAUGUCAGUGACCAAAUCUACCUCAGCCAAAGUGAUAGUUUCUGAGAGGACCAGGAGGCGUGAAAGCAGCAGCUCAGGUCACAGCUCCUCGGAUGACUCCAAAGGUGCUUUAUCUACUCCAGAAUCUGAAUGUGAGAGCGAGCUGACUGGAUCAGAAGGGUUGAAAAGUCUGGGUUCCUUAAGGUAUCAUCAAGUCAGACAGAAUGCUAGAGUUACAAGAAGCAACCGUGGCAAGCAAGGGAAAAAGGUUGCAGAGAGUGAUAGUGAAGAAGAGGAGGCAGAGGAAGAGUUUGACAGUGAAAGUGAAGAUGGAGAGAUGUCCUCCCAGUCUUCAGGUCCUCGUUACCACAGUAAAAACAUCAGAAACACACGGCAGACCAGAAACGGCACUGACACAGACAGGAAACAUAAAGAAGGCAGAGCCAAGGUGAAUGGUUACAGCAGCAGGUCGCCUGGCAGGAAGAGACGUCACUGCCGGGACUUUAAGGAAGAUCAAAAGGUUAGGAAGUCACUAACGAGAAAAACAGCACGGGCAGCCGUGAACAAAAUCAAACUCCUUGAGGCGUCUGAUGAAGACUACGAGGAAGAGGAGAAGCCAAAAAGGAGCAGCCGUGUGCACCACGCAGCCCGGGCUAGCAAACGCACGGCGGUGAUUCAGAGCACUUCUGAUUCUGAUGAAGAGACGCCAUCAAGGGCUUCGCAAAAAACAAAGCCAUCACGAGGCGAAUCCAAGGAUGAGGAAGACGGCAAUCACAACGGAGACACAAUGUCCACUAAACAGAGAGCAUUAAAAGAUCACGUCAAGACGAAGGGAAAACAUACAUCGUCUCAUGUGAACGGGCACAUGGCAAAGCACCGCAAGUCUGACAACAACUCAGUACAACAGGAAGCCACUGACAAUAGCUCCGGAGAGGCUGAAGAGGAGGGGGAACAAGAGGCAGUGUCUCAGAAAUCCUCUGAAAACAGGAAGAAGAGGAUGACAAGUGAGGAGGAAGAGGAGUCAAAGGACACUGAAAUCAAGACCACGCGUCAAAAACCCGUAAGCUCAGGCAAAGAGGACAAGGACCACAGGUCUCAAAAACAUCCAUCCCAAAAUGGAAGAAAUGUGGAGGAUGCCAUCAUCAAAGACUCUAAGAAAAAGAGAAGAAAUGUAUCGUCAAAACGCCAAGAUGAGCAAAAAUCUGCCUCAACUAAUAAAAUGCAUUGUGCAGACUCAGAGGAGCUUAGUGAUCGUCAACGGAGACGCACCCCACACAAGAAACGACUGACAAAAAAUGAAGGAUGUGAAGUACCGAGUAAUGACUCUUGUGAGGAAUCUGAGGCUGAAGCUAAGUUUAAGAGGCCUACAAGAAGAAAAAGUGAGUCAAAACGUCCCCAUCAUGACAACUCGGUGUCCGAUAGCUCUGAGCAGGAAUACAAGCCCAAGAGGAAGGUAAGGAAGAAAUGCUCUUCUGGCUCGUCGGACGAACAGUCGGAUAAAUCAGACAACACAUCAAAUAGAAGAUGUAGUCUCCGAGCCCUGCCAAAAAAGAAAUACAUCAGUGAGAACUCUCUCUCUGAGGAGGACUCUGCUUCUUUAAACCAAGGUAAACGGAGAAGCCGCAACAAGGCAACAGCAUCUUGGGAAGACGGGAACAAUAAAAGAGAGUUUCAUAGAACCUCCCCCAAUAAACCCAGGUAUCCGCUGUCUUCCAAGAGAAAACGUAUUUACACCUCAGACUCUGACGAUGCAGCUGUGUCCAAGAACAAUGAAACUAGCCGGUCAGGCGCCUCAACGCGCAUCAAAAAGGAAUCCAAACAGGAGGAAAGUAACAGCAACGAGGAGGACACAUCUUCCCAAUCUGAUCCCAGCGAUGAGGAAGAGGAGGACGUUAGUAGCUCCAGGAGAAUGAAGAAGAACACAAGUAAACAAAAACACAAACAAAAGGAAAGCUUCAGCAGCAGCAAUCACAGCUCUGACUCGGAAAGCAAGGAGUCCUCUUCGGCCUCAGAAAACUCAUUUGCCUCAGGGUCCAACAGCAGUCCAAAGAGGAGAAGUCACAGACUGUCUGUAAUUGGUGAAAGAACUGCCAGCCGCCAGCUGAGGCAGCACCGCAGACAUUCUGCCUCAAAGGAGGUGGAGACCGAUGAGUCCAACGGCAAACCUCAUCGAAAGAGACGCGUGAACACCCGAAAUAGAGGGAAGCGAACAGUGACUUAUCAUGACAGUGAAUAAACGAGCGACUAGAACUAAAUGCUGUAGAGUAAAUAGAGAGAGAUUAACUGGAGACCUUGAAGACACUUGAUGGCCACGUUAUGGUAGUUGCACUGGAGUCCUCGAGAGAAAAUGCUGUGAAUCCGUUUCAUUCAGGGAUAUUUAUAUUUUCUAUGAAAACAUGUUUAUAGAUGUAAAACCAAUUCAAGCAUUUGGACUGCUGGUUUUCACAAGAAUACAGAGCAAAAACAGCUUCCAUACUGCUCAUUGUUGUUUUUCCAGCAGAUAAACCAUUCUGGGGGAUCUUAUCAGCUUGGGUGCUAUCUAAUAUACCUCUGUUAAAUCAAGCAUAUUGCUGGCUUGCACUAUGAUACACUGUAACGAGGUAUUUCAUACGCUAGUUUUGCAUUAGAAACUCAGGGGUCAACUAAGUUUACUGUCAGACAUGCAGGAUUCUUUUUUUUUUUUUUUUUUUUUUCUUUUUUAUAAAGCUAAGGUAAGGUCAAGAAACAAUUCAGGUUGGAAGAUGUCCAAGCACACUCACUGGGACAAAAUACACCUAUGUUCAGACUUUUGCCUUGAGCACUCCUUCGUGAACCCACAGUUUAAUGUUUUACUUUGUUUUGAGUUGAUGUCAAAUGAACAAAUAUGAAUUCUUUUCCUGUGCCAUUUCAUUUUUAGAAGUAGUUUUUUUUUGUAUUCUAAUAAAUAGAUGUAAAUAUAUGAUUGACAAUAGCAGUGUCUGAAAGCUUCGGACAUCAGUGGGUAGUAAAAAAUAUUUAAAUUUGAGCUUUUUAUUUGUAUUCUUUCGUUGUACAUUUAAAUGCAUUGUCUUGCCAUAUGUCACAAACUGGUACCUUUUUGCCAAGUACAAGUGACCAAAAGUACUUAUUGCAAAAUGCUGUGAUUUCUCAUAUUGGGAAGACCUUUAAUUCUUGUCCGGUAUUACCUGCUUUCAGUAUUAAAUUCUUUUUCAGAGUUGACUUAGAGCAUUUAGCCAGUCAUAUGGUUUCAUUUGGUGAUGGGGAGUUUUUUUUGAAUACAGUAAUUUGAUGACAUUUUGCCCAAUGUUUUUCGUAUACUUAAGUAACAGAUUUCACAGAAAACUUUGAAGACAAUGUUGUUGUGGAGUGCAAUUUAUUAGUUAAUCCUCCUAUUAAUAAAGACAUCUUUUCAAGCUGUAA